AUGAGUCAGUGGACAGUAGCGCAUCGCGCCUUUGCGGUCGAGGCGUAUUUCGCAAACAAUAAUUCCGUCAAUGUGGCUAGACGUAAGUUUUGUUCUCACUUCGAUAUCCGACGAUUAAACGAUGGCCCAUCGAACCAAUUGAUUUGGGCGUGGGUAAAGAAGUUUCGAAAAACUGGAUCAGUGCAAAAUAAGCCUCGAGCUGGACCUUCAACGUCUGUUACUAGUCCUGAAAACGCAGAACUUGUAAGAAGGGAAAUUUUGCAGAACCCGCGUAAGUCUAUUCGGAAGAUUGCAGCAUCAACGGGUGUGAAAAAGACUUCAGUUCAUAAAAUUAUUCGUAAACAAUUAAAAUUCCAUCCAUACAAGCUUCAAGUUACCCAGCAGUUGAAAGAAGAUGAUUUCAUUAAAAGGAAGAAUUAUGCUGAAGUCAUUCUGGAACGAUUUUCCACUCCUACUCGAUUAUGUAACAUCUUUUUUAGCGAUGAGGCGCACUUUCAUAUUGGUGGGUACGUAAAUAAGCAGAAUAUGCGAUAUUGGAGCGCAUACAAUCCUAAAGAGAUCCAUGAAAGGCCCCUUCACUGCCCAAAGACUACAGUUUGGUGCGCCAUUUCUGGUAAUGGGAUUAUUGGGCCUUAUUUUUUCGGUAGAGGUGAAACUGUCAACGCUGAACGUUACUGCGCGAUGUUGGACAACUUUUUUAUACCGGAGCUGCAUCAACAUGUCAGUUACAAUAAUAGGACUCAUUUUCAGCAGGAUGGGGCUACCGCACACACCGCUAGGGUCACAAUGACUAAGGUGAAAGAGCUUUUUCCCGGAAAAUUAAUUAGUCGAUUUGGUGACAUACCCUGGCCCCCUAGAUCUCCCGAUCUCAGUCCUUGCGACUUUUUUUUGUGGGGAUAUUUAAAAUCUCGCGUAUACAGUGAUUCGCCAUCAACAAUACAGGCCCUACAAGCCAAUAUCGAACGCGAGAUUGCGGCUAUCAGUCCAGAACUUUGCAAGCGAGUUUUCACCAACAUGAAGGAAAGAUUGCAAGAGUGUGCGCAGCGAGAAGGACGUCAUUUAAGUGGAGUUAUCUUUAAAAAAAUAAAAUCCGCGUUAUUCUUCUGUAAUAUGAUCAAUAAAUAA